UUCGGACAUAAAUAUAUCUUUUUUUAGAAUCUCUGAGAAAAUGGCCGCUGGUGUACCAAACGGACAGAGAAUGUGUAAAAAAUUUCUUCGAAGUGGACCUUUCCACACCGGACGACGAGAAAAUUGUGAUAGCAAAAGACACCGCCGUCAUCAUACCCAUCAUGGCGAUCCACAGGGAUGCCAACUACUUCCCUCAGCCGGAGAAGUUCAACCCCGAAAGGUUUAGCGAGGAAAACAGGGGUGAAAUUCUGCCUGGGACUUAUAUGCCGUUUGGAACAGGACCUCGGAAGUGCAUAGGUUCCAAAUUGGCGCUCUUGGAGAUCAAACUGUUAUUCUUCCACUUACUAUCAAAGUUCGACCUGGUGCCGACAGAAAAUACCAAAAUUCGGGUGGAGGUUGGACCUAACCAAUUUGAUGUUAAUGGUGCAACCAACACAUUCCUAGGCUUGAAGCCUAGGAUAGUUACCAGCCUCUAGUUUGCCAAAGAAAAACAUGAAAGGAAAAAGUUUAAUAUAGAUCUUGAUACUAGCAUAUUAUUUCUAAUACAUAAUCUGAAUCAAUCACUGCUGAGAGCAUUUAUGUGUAAAUUAUGUACUUUUCUAAAAAAAAAUAAUAAAAAAUAAAUUUUAUAGAAAUUA